CAGAGAGGGAGGGGAAACAGAGCGAUAUACGUCUACAACACGAGUUGGUAGAACAUGACUACUGUCAUUAUCCCUGUUACUCCUGCAAAACUACAUGUUAUCAUCCUACCCACCAAGCAGUGUAGCCCGGUCCUGUCGUUGCUGAUUGACUGCCUGCAGAGACAAAUAAAGACGUCGAGAGACUCCAGAGCGGGUCCCGCUGCGCCGCGAGAGAACAAACAAGAGACAAACAAGAGACAAACAAGAGACAAACAGUCAGCGGCUACUGUAGAAGGACAAACCGGCAGCAGCUACUGUAGAAGGACAAACAGGCAGCAGCUACUGUAGAAGGACAAACAGGCAGCAGCUACUGUAGAAGGACAAACAGGCAGCAGCUACUACAGAAGGAGACGGCAUCGCACGUUAUUUGAGAUCUUUUUCAGACAUGGUGGAUACCCAGCUCCUCGCAUGGCCAAUGGGCAUCAGUCUGACCCCUGUACACCUGGAUGAGCUUGAUGACAGUUCUCACUCUCUGGAUAUGAAACCAUUCACCACCCUGGACUACACUAGCCUGGACUACGAACACGGACCCACCAUCUCCAGCUACAGACCCACCCAGGUCCACCACUACCAAGCAAGCCACAGUCCCAGACCCACCCAGGCCCACCACUACCAAGACAGCCACAGCCCCAGACCCACCCAGGCCAACCACUACCAAGCCAGCAACAGUCCCAGACCCACCCAGGCCCACCACUACCAAGCCAGCUACAGCCCCAGUCACCACAGCCCUAGACCUGGCCAGGGUUACCAGCCCUGCCCCAGCCCUGGCUCCAGUCCUGCCCUGGGACACCACCUUGCAUACAUGGACCACAUGUACAACCACAGCCAGGUUCAGGAGGGACACGGUUGUAUAAAACUGGAGCCAGAGUCUCCUCCCCAGCACUCAGACAGCAGUCCUCUCUACUCUAAACUACAGGACGACACCACCGCUUCCCUACUCAACAUAGAGUGUCGAGUCUGUGGAGACAAAGCUUCUGGCUUCCACUACGGAGUCCAUGCCUGUGAAGGCUGCAAGGGGUUCUUCCGUCGGACCAUCCGGUUGAAGCUGGUUUAUGACCACUGUGACCUGCACUGUCGCAUCCACAAGAAGAGCCGCAACAAGUGUCAGUACUGUCGCUUUCAAAAGUGCCUGGUGGUGGGCAUGUCUCACAAUGCCAUUCGUUUUGGACGGAUGCCCCAGGCUGAGAAGGAGAAGCUCCUAGCUGAGUUCUCUACUGACAUGGACAUCAUGCACCCUGAGGCUGCCGACCUGAGGAGCCUGGCCAAGCUGCUGCUGGAGUCCUAUCUCAAAUACUUCCCCCUCACUAAGGCCAAAGCCAGGGCCAUCCUGUCUGGAAAGACUGGGGAUAACGCGCCGUUUGUAAUCCAUGACAUGAAGUCUCUUCAGGAAGGAGAGAGGUUUAUCAACUGCAGGCAGAUGCCCAUCCAUGUUGUCCAGGAGACCAGGACUGAGGCGGGGACUGAGGCUGGGACUGGAGCUGGCUGUGGUCUAGGUGGAUGUCUAGCAGUGAGUGAAGGUCUGGCUGUAGGUGGAGGUCUAGGUGGAGGUGUUGGUCUGGUCCAAGAGCCCACUGACGAGGUGCAGCUCAGGUUCUUCUACAGCUGUCAGUCGCGCUCCGCCGAGGCCGUCCGGGAGGUCACAGAGUUCGCUAAGAGCAUCCCUGGCUUCGUGGGAUUGGACCUGAACGAUCAGGUGACUCUGCUGAAGUACGGCGUCAUCGAGGUGCUCAUCAUCAUGUGGGCUCCACUCAUGAACAAAGAUGGUACACUGAUCUCCUAUGGACAGAUCUUCAUGACGAGAGAGUUCCUAAAGAGCCUGAGGAAACCCUUCUGUGAUAUGAUGGAACCCAAGUUUGAGUUCUCUGUUAAGUUCAACACCCUGGAGCUGUAUGACAGUGAUAUGGCACUCUUCCUCGCCGUCAUCAUCCUCAGUGGAGAUCGUCCAGGCCUGCUGAAUGUGAAGCCCAUUGAGGAGCUACAGGAAACAGUCCUCCACUCUCUGGAGCUCCAACUGAAACUCAACCACCCAGACUCCCUGCAGCUCUUCGCCAAGGUUCUGCAGAAGAUGACAGACCUGAGGCAGAUAGUAACAGACCAUGUGCACCUAAUCCAGCUACUGAAGAAGACUGAAGUGGACAUGUGUCUCCACCCACUGCUGCAGGAGAUCAUGAGAGACCUCUACUAGUUGGGUCAAUAUGAAAUGGCACCCUAUUCCCUAUAUAGUGCACUACUUUUGCGCACUAUAUGAAAUAGUUUUUCAUCCAAGGUAACGGAAAGACACCGGUUGAAAACCGCAUAUGGAUGUGUUAGUCCUAUUGAUGCCACUGAUGAGGCAUAUUGGGGCGGCAGGUAGCCUAGUGGUUAGAGCAUUGGGCCAGAAAGGUUGGUGGAUCGAAUCCCCAAGCUGCCAAGGUAAAAAUCUGUUGUUCUGCCCCUGAACAAGGCAGUUAACCUUCAUUGUAAAUAAAAAUGUGCUCUUAAACUGACUUGCUUAGUUAAAUAAAGGUAAAAUAAUAAAUAUUGGAAUACUAUAUUAGGGACUAGUAGUUACCUGGCAGAAUGAGAUGUUAACCUGUCUGACGUUAUAGAUUCUAUAUGGUCCUAUUAGCGCUGUUGGAAAGGAAAAGGAAAAAAAACACUGUGAUUAUUAUGAGCCAUAUACUGUAGUUAUCUGCAUCACCACCACCAAUUAAUAUAUGUUAUGCUGUAUGUAGGUGAUAGAUUCUGUUCUUCACAAAUUAAUAUACGUGAUGUAUUUAGAGUUUAUAAACAAACACUCACAUCUAUAAUAUCAAGAUGCAACUGUCUUAAAGAUGUAUCCCAUAGGACCAGAUAGGCUACACUAGGUAACAGGUCCACCUGUCAGAUCUGAUCUCAGUUGACUCACCUGCAACAUAGCGUGGUUUCUAUAGUGCUUCUCUAGUGCUUCUAUGGGGUUUCUAUAAGAUUUCUAUGGCGCUUCUACAGGGUUUCUAUGGCGCUUCUACAGGGUUUCUAUGGUGCUUCUACAGGGUUUCUAUAGUGUUUCUAUAGGGUUUCUUGUGCUUCUGUAGGGUUUCUAUAGGUUUUCUAGUGCUUCUAUAGGGUUUCUAUGGUGCUUCUAAAGGGUUUCUAUGGUGCUUCUAUAGGGUUUCUAUGGUGCUACUAUAGUGCUUCUAUAGGGUUUCUAGUGCUACUAGUGCUACCGUGCUUCUACACCUGCAUUGCUUGCUGUUUGGGGUUUUAGGCUGGGUUUCUGUACAGCACUUUGAGAUAUCAGCUGAUGUAUGAAGGGCUAUAUAAAUACAUUUAAUUCUAUAGGGUUUCUAUAGGGUUGCUAUGGUGUUCUAUAGGGUUUCUAGUGCUUCUAUAUGGUUUCCAUGGUGCUUCUAUGGGGUUGCUAUGGUGCUUCUAUAGGGUUGCUAUGGUGCUUCUAUAUGGUUUCCAUGGUGCUUCUAUAGGGUUUCUAUAGGGUUGCAAUGGUGCUUCUAUAGUGUUUCUAUAGGGUUUCUAGUUCUACUAUAGUGCUUCUAUAGGGUUUCUAUGUUGCUUCUAUAGGGUUUCUAGUGCUACUAUAUUGCUUCUAUAGCAUUUAUAUAGGGUUUCUAGUGCUACUAUAGUGCUUCUAUAGGGUUUCUAUGGUGCUUCUAUAGGGAUUCUAGUGCUUCUAUAGGGUUUCUAUAGUGCUUCUAUAAUGUUUCUAGUGCUACAAUAGUGCUCCUAUAGUGCUUCUAGAGGGCUUCUAUAGUGCUUCUAGAGGGUUUCUAUAGUGCUUAUAUAGGGGUUCUAUUGUGUGUCUAUAGGGUUACUAUAGUGUGUGAGCUCAUUAUUUAAGAAAUAUACUAUAUUGUGCUUCAUAUUAUAUUUUGAAUAAUUUGCCAGCUGUAAUUUGUAUGUUGGAUACAAUGAAUGUGUGAAAUAAAAGCCAGAUAAAUAAAUACAUAUUUUUGUACAUGCGUAGAUAAAUAAAUACAACAUCUCAGAGUAUAACACCUUAGUUUAAAAUGCUGAACUUGUUGUAUUUCAAAUACAGUAUUUUUCAGAUUUUUAUGUUGAUGUUAUUUGUAUUAUUUUGUGUUGUUGUUGAAACAGACAUUUUUAUUUUCCAUGUGCAAAUGGGCUGGUUUUUGCAUUUUAAAAAAACGGUUUGUAGACUCAUAACUUGUCAAAAUAUGUAAAUAAAUAUUUUCUAUUUG